AUGGGAGCAGGUGGUGGAUCUGACAUACUCUCUGCGCCUCGGAGCAAAGCCCAGGCCCAUGGAGCAGGAUGAGGCUGCAGUAGAGAAGCUUCGGUUUGUGCCUCCAACUUGGACUUAUGAAUGUGAUGAGGAUCUGGUGCAUUUCCUGUAUGACCACAUUGGGAAGGAGGAUGAGAACCUGGGCAGCGUUAAGCAGUACGUGGACAGCAUCGAUGUCUCGUCCUACACGGAGGACUUCAAUGUGUCAUGCCUGACCGACAGCCAUGCCGACACAUACUGGGAGAGUGAUGGCUCCCAGGGCCAGCACUGGGUGCGGCUCAACAUGAAGAAAGGCACCAUUGUCAAGAAGCUGCUGCUGACAGUGGAUACCACUGAUGAGAACUUCAUGCCCAAGCGGGUCGCUGUGUAUGGGGGCGAGGGGGACAAUCUGAAGAAACUGAACGAUGUCGGCAUUGAUGAGAGCUAUAUUGGGGAUGUGUGCAUCCUUGAGGACAUGACAACACACCUGCCUGUCAUUGAAAUCCGGAUUGUGGAGUGCAGAGAUGAUGGGAUUGAUGUUCGGAUCCGAGGCAUCAAAAUCAAAUCCUCCCGACAGAGGGACUUGGGGCUCAGUGCUGACAUGUUCCAGUUGCCCAAUUUGGUGCGUUACCCUCGCCUAGAAGGGACUGACCCUGACCUGCUGUACCGACGGGCUGUGCUCAUUCAAAGGUUCAUCAAGCUCCUUGACAGUGUCCUGCAUCACUUGGUGCCAGCCUGGGACCACACUGUUGGCACAUUCAGCAAGCUCAAGCACAUCAAGCAGUUCUUGCUGCUGUCCAAGAAGCGCACGGCUCUCAUUACCCAGUGUCUGAAGGACUCGGAGACCAGCAAGCCCAACUUCAUGCCAAGGCUCUACAUUAACCGGCGCCUGGCCAUGGAGCACCGGGACAACCCUGCCCUGGACCCCAGCUGCAAGAACGCUGUUUUCACCCAGGUAUAUGAAGGUCUGAAACCCUCAGACAAGUUUGAAAAGCCUCUAGAUUAUAGGUGGCCGUUGCGUUAUGACCAGUGGUGGGAGUGCAAAUUUAUCGCAGAGGGCAUCAUCGACCAAGGUGGUGGUUUUCGGGACAGCCUAGCAGACAUGUCAGAGGAGCUGUGCCCCAGCUCAGCAGACACCCCUGUGCCUCUGCCCUUCUUCGUGCGCACAUCCAACCAGGGUAAUGGCACUGGAGAAGCCCGGGACAUGUAUGUCCCCAACCCCUCUUGUAGAGACUUUGCAAAGUACGAGUGGAUUGGGCAGAUCAUGGGAGCAGCUCUGAGGGGCAAGGAGUUUCUGGUCCUGGCUCUUCCUGGCUUUGUAUGGAAACAAUUAACAGGGGAAGAGGUCAGCUGGAGCAAAGACUUCCCUGCUGUGGACUCCGUGUUGGUGAAGCUCCUGGAGGUGAUGGAAGUCAUAGACAAAGACACAUUUGAGUUCAAAUUUGGGAAUGAGCUGACCUACACGACGGUGCUGAGUGACCAGCGCGUGGUGGAGCUGAUCCCCAACGGCAGCAACACCGCUGUGCGCUACGAGGACCGCAGGGAGUUCAUCCGCCUGGUGCAAAAGGCUCGGCUGGAGGAGAGCAAGGAGCAGAUCAUGGCCAUGCAGGCUGGGCUGCUGAAGGUGGUGCCCCAAGCUGUUCUUGACCUCCUUACAUGGCAGGAGCUAGAAAAAAAGGUCUGUGGAGACCCUGAAGUCACAGUGGAUGCCCUGAAGAGGCUCACUCGGUUUGAGGACUUUGAGCCACAGGAUACUCGUGUUCAGUACUUCUGGGAAGCACUCAAUAACUUCACCAAUGAGGAUCGCAGCCGCUUCCUCAGAUUUGUCACUGGCAGAAGUCGCCUUCCAGCACGGAUCUACAUCUACCCAGACAAGAUGGGCUCAGAGACAACAGAUGCUUUGCCAGAGUCAUCCACCUGCUCCAGCACUCUCUUCUUGCCCAACUAUGCCACAGCCAAGGUAUGUGAAGAGAAGUUGCGCUAUGCUGCCUAUAACUGCGUGGCCAUUGAUACAGAUAUGAGUCCGUGGGAAGAGUGAUGUUGCAGCCUGACCAAGCAGCAUGGACAAUUGUUCAAGAAAACCAUGCAGUGGGAAGUAUUCCCUUGUCCCCACGGGAUGUGUAUAUAUAUAAUAAAUAUAUAGGUGUGAAA